AUGACAAUCAGUAACAAGUUCCCUGGGGAUAUCCCCUAUUUCACUCCGGCUCAGGACCCUCCUGCUGGCACUCCACUUGAUCUUGCCUCGGCUCCGACUUUAUAUAAGCCACUGCAGAUGCGCGGGAUUAAGAUACACAACCGCAUUGGUGUUUCCCCCAUGGGCAUGUACUCCGCUGGAGAAGAUGGACAUGCUACGGACUUUCAUCUUGUCCAUUUGGGUCAGUUUGCGCUCAAGGGGGCUGGUUUAGUUUUUAUUGAAACUACUGCUGUUGAGCCACGGGGUCGCUGGAGCCCAUAUGAUGUUGGCCUCUGGAACGAUGACCAGAUUGCCCCAAUCAAGCGCAUUGCCGACUUUAUCCAUAGCCAGGGCUCUCAUAUUGGUAUUCAGAUCGCUCAUGCAGGGGUUAAGGCAAGCCUCCUGCCAACAUGGACGAGCGGUACCAAUAAGUCGCUGGCAACUGAGGAUGUUGGUGGUUGGCCAGAUGAUGUGGUUGGCCCGAGCCCAAUCCCAUGGGCGGAUGAUCAUGCCGUACCAAAACAGUUGACUGUUCAGGAAAUUAAGGAGCAGAUACAAAAGUGGAAAGACACUGCCGUACGUGCUAUCAAAGCGGGAAUUGAUGUGAUCGAAAUCCACGCUUCUCAUGGCGCUCUUUUAAACAAUUUCUUAUCUCCUGUCUCGAAUAAACGCACCGAUGAGUACGGCGGUAGUUUUGAGAACCGCACCCGUUUUUUAUUUGAGGUCAUCGAAGCCAUUCGUGAGGCCAUUCCUACAUCGACACCGCUCUGGGUCCGUCUCUCGGCUACCGACUGGCUCGAGUAUACAGGAGAACCUUCUUGGGACAUUGAAAGCAGUAUUCGCCUUGCCAAACUGCUCCCAGCAGCAGGCGUUGAUGUUCUCGAUGUAACGACUGGUGGCAAUGCCGCAGCACAACGCAUCGAGAUAUCUCAAACCUUUCAAACGGACAUCGCCGGUCGCAUACGCGAUGCGGUGCGUGCUGAUGGCCACAACCUGCUUAUUGCCGCUGUAGGUCUGAUUAGAGAUGGUAGUUUUGCAAGAGCACUAGUUCAAGAGGGCGAGGAUCCCAAGGCAGAUAUUGUGCUGGUGGCAAGGCAGUUCCUUCGAGAGGGAGAUUUAGCCCUAAGUAUGGCACAUGAACUUGAUGUCAACGUACAGUGGCCAAUACAAUAUCAUCGGGCACCUCCAAAACCCACCGGGAGGCCUAUCUAA